AUGGAGGGGCAAUUGUUGCUUGCUGAGGCUCUGGUGAGGGAGUUGAAGGAAGAGAACGCUGCUCUGAUUUUACAGAGCGACAAGCAGAUCACAUCGGUGACUGCAGAGGCCAUUGUUUGGGUGAGCAAUGCACAGCAGGAGAUCAAAGUGCUCCAGGGAGAGCUCAAACGUCUGAGCGUGGAGAGGGAUGUGGCGAUUGCUGCGAGAGAUCGUGGGACUUGCAAGUACUGCAUCGACAUGACCCAAUGCUCUGUGAAACAUAAUGUUCAUCUGGAGUUGGUGAAAGUCCUGGCGCCGGAGCUGGGCAAGCUGACGGGGCUCACCUUCCUGGACCUGAGGUGCACCGGGAUUGGGGAGGCGGGCGCGGCGGCCCUGGCGCCAGAGCUGGGCAAGCUGGCGGGGCUCACCUCCCUGAACAUGGUGUACAACGGGAGUGGAGCUGCGGGGGCGGCGGCCCUGGCGCCGGAGCUGGGCAAGCUGGCGGGGCUCCACGGGAUGGACCUGCUGCUGGAGCAGCAAAAUCUACGCUGCAAUAUACUCAGGGUAUUAAGGGAAAGGCAUAUUUGA